AACAAAUAGCACACAUUUGCAACACAAAACCAUGAACAAUCAUAACAAUGGUUCGAGUUUUGGUAUGUCUUACGAUUCUGUGAUGAACCAAUUCUGGAUGAACCCAAUUUUCUUACAUGGUUUUGUUGCUUCCAUACAAUUUGUGUUCUUGCUUCUCAUAUUGAUUUCUUGGCUAUGUAGAAGAUUCAAGAUUGAUCCAAUUGUGGUUUCAAAACAGGGUUUUGGGUAUUCGUUAUACAAACAAACUCUGUUUUCAUGUCUUGUUCUUUCACUCUUCAAUCUUGUUUUGUGUUUCUUGAAUAAUUUCUAUUGGUACAGAAAUGGCUGGACCGAUGAAAAGAUUGUGACCCUUUUGURUGCUGUUCUUGGAACACUUACUUGGGUUCUUGUUUCUGUUUAUCUUCACACACUUGAUUCGAAUUCGUCGACUUUGAAGUACCCAUUGGUCUUAAGGAUUUGGUGGGUGUUUUUCUUUUCGGUUUCUUGUUACUCCCUUAUGGUGGAUUAUKUUUACUACAAAAAGACCCAUGAUUCACUUUCUAUGUUCUUUGUGUCUGAUUCUGUGUCUAGUUUCAUGGGUUUGUUUCUUUGUUUUGUGGGGUUAUUCCAUAAGACCCAUGAAGAAGCUCGGAAUCAUAAUCUUGAAGAACCCCUUUUGAAUUCUAGUGGGUCUAGAGCUAGGGGUGAGAUAGCAUCAACUUAUGAAAAUGCAAGUUUCUUUAGCUUGCUGACAUUUUCUUGGAUGAGUUCUGUAAUUGCAAAAGGGAACAAAAAGCCAUUAGAUCUUGAGGAUGUGCCGCAGCUCGCGGAUAUCGAUAGCGUGAGAGGAGUUUUUCCCGUUUUGAGAGAGAAAGUUGAGUCMUUUAGUAAUGAGAACAAUCAAAUMACUACUUUCGGGCUCACGAAAGCUUUGUUCUACAUCGUGUGGAAGGAAGUGGUGAUCACAGGAUUUCUGGGGUUGGCAUCUUCGUUAUGUGGUUUUGUUGGUCCAUACCUCAUAGACGCGUUUGUUCAGUAYUUGAACGGUCGCAGAGAUUUUGAUAACCAAGGUCUUGUUUUGGUGGCUGCAUUCACCAUUUCGAAAAUUGUUGGGUGUUUCACWMAAAGACAUUGGUAUUUUAAGCUCCAACAAGCGGGGAUUAGAGCCAGGUCUGCUAUCGUUGCUAUGAUUUACCAGAAGGGUUUAACCAUUUCCGGCCAGUCGAAGCUAGGGAACUCGAGUGGUGAGAUCAUUAACUUCAUGGCCGUUGAUGCUGAAAGAGUUGRMGAUUAUGCUUGGUAUAUGCAUGAUUUUUGGCUCGUGUUUGUCCAAGUAGGCGUGGCGUUAGCACUUCUAUAUCGGAAUCUUGGGCUUGCAGCAGUUGCUUCGUUAGUCGCUACGAUUUUGGUUUUGUUAGCCAAUCUUCCACUUGGGAAUUUACAAGAAAAGCUUCAAGAUGACUUGAUGAAAUCUAAGGAUAAAAGGAUGAAAGCAACAUCCGAAAUCUUGAGAAACAUGAGGAUUCUUAAGCUGCAGGGUUGGGAGAUGAAGUUUUUGUYGAAAAUUAUCAAGCUCCGCGAUGAAGAGGAAGGUGCACUGAAAAAAUWCAUGUACACCUUGUCCAUGACCUCUUUUUUGUUCUGGGGUGCCCCGAUUGUUGUGGCCGUGGUCACUUUCGCUACAUGUUUGUUUGCCGGCAUCCCUCUUGAAUCAGGAAAGGUACUUUCCGCACUGGCAACGUUUAAAAUACUUCAAGAGCCGAUUUACAAUCUUCCAGACUCGAUAUCAGUGUUUUUCCAAACAAAAGUCUCACUUGAGCGCAUAGCCACAUUCCUUCGUCUCAACGACAUAGAUUCUAAUGCUAUAGAUAAGGUUCCACGAGGUGGCUCUGAUACGGCUAUAGAGAUAAUCAAUGGGAAUUUCUCUUGGGAUGUAACUUCUCCUAARCCGACACUAAACGACAUCAACAUUCGAGUGAAUCAUGGGAUGAGAGUUGCUGUUUGUGGCACUGUUGGAUCAGGAAAGUCGAGCUUACUUUCUUGUAUCCURGGAGAAGUUUCCAAGAUUUCCGGAAGUGUGAAAGUAGCAGGAACAAAGGCUUAUGUAGCUCAAUCGCCAUGGAUACAGAGUGGAAARAUCGAAGAUAAUAUCUUGUUUGGUAGGGAGAUGGACAGAGAAAGAUACGAGAAAGUUCUCGAGGCAUGUUCUUUGAAGAMAGAUCUUGAAAUUCUGUCGUUCGGUGAUCAGACAGUUAUUGGUGAGAGGGGAAUCAACUUGAGUGGUGGUCAGAAGCAAAGAAUACAGAUUGCACGGGCUCUUUAUCAAGAUGCCGAUAUAUAUCUUUUUGAUGAUCCAUUCAGCGCGGUUGAUGCUCAUACGGGAAGUCAUCUUUUUAAAGAAUGCAUGUUGCAGUUCCUUGUUUCGAAGACGGUGAUUUACAUCACACAUCAAGUAGAGUUCUUACCUGCUGCAGAUCUCAUCCUGGUUUUGAGAGAUGGAAGGAUUACACAAGCCGGAAGGUACAACGACAUCCUCAAUUCCGGAAGUGACUUUAUGGAACUUGUAGGUGCACACAAAGAAGCUUUAUCAGCGAUUGAUUCCAUAGGGACAAAUGUGGAGGAAAGAAUAGCGAGUUCUAAAGAGAAUACAAACGAUAACCAAAAUGGUAAAACAGACGAUAUUUCAAGUACCAAAGCGCAGUUGGUUCAAGAAGAAGAACGAGAAAAAGGAAGAGUGGGUUUUUCAGUCUACUGGAAAUACGUAACUACUGCUUUCGGAGGGGCUCUUGCACCAUUCAUAAUAUUGGCACAAAUUGUCUUCCAAAUACUUCAAAUCGGAAGCAMUUACUGGAUGGCAUGGGCAUCUCCGGUGUCGGCAAGUGAUCCAGCCCCGGUUACAGGCUCGACCCUCAUCAUCGUUUAUGUAGCUUUAGCSGUUGGAUGUGCAUUGUGCAUACUUACAAGAGGCUUGCUUCUUGCAACUGUYGCAUAUAAGGCUGCUACUAUUCUCUUCCACAGGAUGCACUUGUCUAUUUUCCGUUCACCCAUGUCUUUCUUCGACUCUACUCCGAGYGGGAGAAUACUAAAUAGGGCAUCUACGGACCAAAGUGCAGUCGACAUGCAAAUUCCUUACCAAGUUGGAUCGUUUGUAUUCGCUAUCAUUCAACUUCUCGGGAUCGUUGCAGUUAUGUCGCAGGCUGCUUGGCAGGUGAUCAUUUUGUUUGUUCCCGUCGGUGGAAUGUGCAUCUGGUUACAGCAAUAUUACUUGCCUUCKGCAAGAGAAAUGGCACGGCUAGCUGGAGUUUGUAAAGGUCCAGUGAUCCAGAAUUUUUCUGAAACAAUAUCUGGAUCGACGACCAUUAGGAGCUUUGAUCAAGAAGGGAGAUUCCAGGACGCAAAUUUGAAACUGAACGAUGAUUUUUCGAGGCCGAAGUUCCACGGUGCUGCUGCCAAGGAAUGGUUAGUCAUACGUUUGGACAUGCUGUCUUCUGUUACAUUUGCGGCUUUUCUAAUUUUCUUGAUUACGAUCCCGGAAGGAACUAUUGAUCCAAGUAUYGCGGGCUUGGCUGCUACUUACGGGCUUACUUUGAACACGUUAAAUGGAYGGGUUGUAUGGACUCUUACCAACCUCGAGAACAAAAUUAUUUCGGUUGAAAGAAUAUUUCAAUAUUCUUCYAUCCCCAGCGAACCUCCUCUCAUUAUAGAAUCAAAUAGGCCUAAUGAUCAAUGGCCAUCACAGGGAGAAGUCGAUAUCCGUCAUCUACAGGUCCGGUAUGCUCCACAUAUGCCACUUGUGUUGCGAGGACUUACGUGCACUUUCAGUGGGGGAAAGAAAACUGGAAUYGUUGGAAGAACUGGUAGUGGGAAGUCGACUCUUAUACAAACACUCUUCCGCCUUGUGGAGCCAGCGGCCGGACAGWUUCUGAUAGAUGGAAUUAACAUAUCCACGAUUGGACUUCAUGAUCUGCGUUCAAAAUUGAGCAUAAUUCCUCAAGAUCCAACCAUGUUUGAAGGAACUAUUCGAAGCAACCUAGAUCCCCUUGAAGAGUAUACUGACGAUAAGAUUUGGGAGGCUCUUGAUAAAUGCCAGCUUGGAGAUGAAGUGAGAAACAAGGAAAGGAAGCUCGACUCAACAGUUACCGAAAAUGGAGAGAAUUGGAGUACGGGUCAACAGCAACUGGUCUGUCUUGGCCGCGUACUACUCAAGAAAAGCAAGAUACUGGUUCUUGAUGAGGCCACUGCAUCAGUUGAUACAGCAACGGAUAACAUGAUUCAGAAAACGCUUAGGGAACACUUCUCAGACUCUACUGUCAUAACAAUCGCGCAUAGAAUCACCUCUGUGGUCAACGGUGACAUGGUUUUGGUUUUGAACAAUGGCUUGAUCGAAGAAUACGAUUCUCCUACAAAAUUGUUAGAAGAGAAGUCAUCUUCAUUUUCAAAGCUGGUUGGUGAGUACAACAGGAGGUCAAACUCAGAGAUGAAGCUCGAUCUGAUAUUGAUCAAGAACCCAUCUUGUCAAACUGUUAUUUCACUGCAAUCUUGUCUCAUUUUUCUAUAGAAAGUGGUCUAGCUGAUCUUCUUUCAUUAAAGUUGAGUUCUGUAAGUCUUGCAUGUGGA